AUGGUCAGCUCCUGUUGUGGUUCCCUCUGCCCUGAGCAGGGCCGUGGCCAGGAGACCUGCUGCCGCCCCAGCUGCUGCCAGACCACCUGCUGCAGAACCACCUGCUGCCAACCCAGCUGCAGUGUAUCUAGCUGCUGCCGCCCAGCCUGCUGCCAGACCACCUGCCGCCCCAGCUGUGGUGUAUCCAGCUGCUUCCUUCCAGCCUGCUGCCAGACCACCUGCCACCCCAGCUGUGGUGUGUCCACCUGCUUCCGCCCAGUCUACUGCCGGACCACUUGCUGCCGCACAACUUGCUGCCGCACAACUUGCUGCCGCCCCAGCUGCGGUGGAUCCUCUUGUUGA